AUGACCAUGAUUUUCAGAUUUGUGACUAUCUCAGAGGAUACUGGUGAAGUCACUAUAAAUGAGCACUUUGUUGAUUUUAUUCAACUAUAUGAUACAUCUGGAUUUAAUAUGACAAAAGUCCUCUUGGAUAAAUUAAGAGAAUUUGAAGUUAACCUUGAAGAUAUGAGAGGUCAAGGUUAUGACAACGGUGCGAAUAUGCGUGGAAAACACAGUGGUGUUCAAGCAAGAAUUCUUGAACUAAAUUCUAGAGCUUUUUAUGUACCAUGCAAUGCGCAUUCCUUAAAUUUGGUUUUAAAUGAUUCUGCUAAUUGUUGCCUUGAAGCUGUGUCGUUCUUUAGUUUAAUUCAAGCAAUUUACAAUUUUUUUUCUUCAUCAACUCACCGUUGGGAUAUAUUGAUUAAGUAUUUACCUGGGUUAACUGUAAAACCACUAAGUGCUACUCGGUGGGAAAGUAGAGUAGAGGCAGUAAAAGCUAUUAGAUUCCAACUAAAUGAAAUAUGUGAUGCAUUAUCAGAAAUUGAAGAAGAUAACACUUUAACUAAUGCAUCUGGUGUUAAAAGUCGUUCUGAARCUCAGGGAAUUUUAAAAAAAAUAUACAAUUUUAAAUUUGUGAUGUGCUUAGUGAUAUGGUAUGAUAUUUUAUAUGAAAUUAAUAUUUCGAUCAAAUUACUUCAAUCACCAUCGCUUGAUCUAUCAGAAGCUAUUAACCAAUUAAACAUCACAAAAAAGUUCUUGGAAGAUUAUCGUUCUGAAGAAGGUUUUAAAAAAACAUUAAAAACUGCAAAGGAAGUUGCUGAAAAAGUUGGAAUUGAAGACAAAUUUGAUAGUUUACAGAGAUUAAGACGUAAGACGACUAAUUUUGUUUAUGAAACUCAGGACAACCCUAUAAAUGAUCCAGAAAUGCAUUUUAAAGUUAAUUUUUUUAAUCAAGUUUUGGAUACAGGUAUUCAGUCUAUAAUUGAAAGAUUUGGUAAGUUAUCUGAACAUAAUAGUUUAUUUUCAUUUUUAUAUAACAUAACAAUAAUUGAAGAUGAAAAUGAAUUGUUAAAACACUGUAAAGAUCUACAACUUUCUCUCACUUCUGACGACGGAUUAAACACUGAUAUUAAUUCUAUAGAAUUACAUCAAGAAAUUAUCGCUUUUAAAAGACAUUCGAAGGAUGAAGAAAAUGAUCCACGCAAGGUUUUGAAGUACAUUUGCAAAAGGAAAAUGGUGGAGYUUUUUCCUAACCUAGUCACAGCGCUUAAGAUUUUACUGACAUUACCUAUAACUGCAGCUAGUGCGGAAAGAUCAUUUUCAAAACUGAAGAUUAUAAAAAACUAUUUGCGGUCCCAAAUAUGUCAAAUGCGUUUAGUAGGUCUGGCAACUCUUUCAAUUGAAAAAGAUGUAUCAAACAAACUGGACAUGGACGAAAUAGUAGCAGAGUUUUCAGCAUUAAAAGCUAGAAAAAUUAAAAUUAAAUAA